AUGGAUGACAUCACUUCCUCGCGUGGCCAAUCGGCGUUGCGUUCCGUCUCUGAAACUCAACAGGUCGAUACGACAUUGCCCGGAAACAACCGUGAUGAAAAGGCUGUGUAUACCGAAGCAGAGACUACAUCUCCGACAAAUGGUCGGCAAGAUGUGGAACAGCAAUACCAAGACCCAGGCCCUGCGCCAGACGGAGGAUGGAUAGCUUGGAUGGUCGUCGUGAGCGGCCAUUUCGUUGUCAUGAAUAGUUGGGGCAUUAUCAACUCGUUCGGCGUCUUCCAACCAUACUACGCCCAAAUGCUCGACCGCGCCCCCUCCGACAUAUCCUGGAUUGGAUCUUUCGAAGUCUUCUUCCUCUUCUUCGUCGGAACCUUUACCGGCCGCAUGACAGACGCGGGAUACUUUCGACAGCUCUUCGCUCUGGGCUUCCUACUCGUCAUCGUCGGUUGCUUCGCCACCUCUUUCUGCAAGACAUACUGGCAGUUCUUCCUAGCUCAAGGAAUAUGCAUGGGUCUAGGAAACGGCUUCAUCUUCUGUCCUUCGAUGGCUACUAUCUCGACAUACUUUGAGAAGCGGCGUGCUCUGGCUAUGGGUGUUGCUGCCGCUGGAAGUGCCACCGGGGGCUUGGUCUACCCGAGUAUCAUGAGACAGCUCCUCCCUUCAGUUGGAUUUCCUUGGGCUAUCCGUGCCAUUGCCUUUGUACAGCUUGGAACUCUAGGAGUAGCAGCUUGCUUCCUCAAGUCUCGGAUUCCACCCCGUAGGUCGGGGCCAUUAGUUGAAUGGUCUGCGUUCAAGGAACUUGAAUACUCCUUCUACGUGCUUGGCUCUUUCAUGGCUUUCUGGGGAGUAUACUUUGCCUUCUACUACCUCGCAGCUUAUGCUCGAGACGUCCUAGGAGUCAGUUUCACCCGAUCCCUCGACGUCCUGCUGGUCCUCAACGGAACCGGGGCCAUCGGCCGUGUAAUACCAAAUUACAUUGCAGACCGCUACGGCUGCCUCACAGUUCAGAUCCCAUUGGCUCUAGUAACCGGGGUAAUGAUGUACUGCUGGGCAGCUAUAAAGUCCACCACCGGCCUAUUCAUAUGGGCCGCCAUCUACGGGAUAUGGACUGGAGGCGUACAAAGCAUGUUCCCCGUUGGCCUGAGCAGCAUGACGUCCGAUCCGAGCAGACAGGGUACCAGGCUAGGCAUGGCCUUUACGAUUGUGAGCUUCGCCACGCUGACGGGCCAGCCAAUCGCAGGGGCCAUCAUCAAAGCGCAGGGUGGGCAGUACGUCGGGGCCCAGGCUUUUGCAGGGAGCUGCUUAAUUCUUGGAAGCUGUUCCUUUGUUAUUGCCAAGGGCAUCAGAGCGAAGAAGCUAGAUCAGGGUUGGAAGGCCAAGGUGAACUACAAGGUGAACCAGGCAGUUCUCUAUCAAACUACAUCUAACCCCGAUCAGAAUGCCAUCGCCAUUCUCAACACUCGGCGCCGCCCAAAGAGACCAAGCGCAAGACCAGAUGGCACUGUCCCAGUACUCGGUGGUAUUCCAAGCAAGGAUGAAAAUCCCGACCUGAGAGGAACUCCAAGCCUCGCCGGAAUGAAAGAAUGGCUGCAUCUUAUCGGUCACUCGACGGCUGACAUCGACCGCCUCAAUAUCAUCCACGUCGCCGGCACCAAGGGAAAGGGCAGCACCUGCGCCCUCAUCGAAUCCUUCCUCAGGGCCCACGGGAAAAGAACCGGCUUCCCACGCAAAACAGGUCUCUACACAUCGCCACACCUCAUACACCCCGAGGAGAGAAUUCGACUCGAUUUCCAACCCAUCGACCGGGAUCUUUUCGCAAGAUACUUCUUCAAGGUGUGGGAUGCCCUGACUAGAAGCUCAGGCCCCUUGCCUCGUUAUCUUCAGCUCCUCGCCCUAGUGUCUUUUCAUACCUUUAUCAGAGAGGGCGUCGAAGCAGCCAUCGUUGAGACUCGCCACGGAGGCGAGUACGACGCUACCAAUGUCAUUGAGCACCCCGUCGUGUCUGUCAUCACUCCACUCGGGAUGGACCACGUAAAGCAGCUGGGCCCUACAAUUGAAACUAUUGCCUGGCACAAGGCGGGCAUCUUCAAAACCGGAUCCCCUGCUCUUUCGUCUCUACAAGAAACCCCUGGUGCUGAGAUUCUGCUGCACCGCUCGAUAGAGAAAGGGGUCAAUCUUGAGUUUGUCGAGUUGGACUCUCCUUUCCCUGAAGACGUACCACAGUUAAGGCCCGAUGUGCAGCGUACCAACUGCUCUGUUGCACUUGCCGCUGCUGAUCGUUUUCUCCGGGAAAAGAAAGCUGGACCAUUGUCGCCCUCGGAUAAACUGCACGGCAUAAGUCAGUUUUCUUGGCCGGGGCGGUUCCAGCAUGUGGUAGAGGACAAGUUCAACUGGUUCCUCGACGGUGCGCACAAUGAGAUGAGUGUUGUCAAAGCCGCUGAAUGGUUCAUUGAUAACACGGCUCAAAGAACCGCUCCUACGCGUAUCUUGAUCUUUGGUCAAGUCUCGAACCAGAGAAAUGGAGUAUCAGUGCUCAAGCGCUUGGCCAACGAACUCUAUCGCGUCCAGAUUCACCACGUCAUCUUCACUCUAUACGAUCCAAGGCAGGAGUUCGAUGUCGAACCCACUCCAGGUCGGAACGAGCCUCCUCCCUGCGAAACUACGUUCUAA